AUGGAGCUCUUCUCCGGCCUUAGACGGCUCCUGGGCCGGAGGACGCGCACAGGGAGCCGAGGACUGUCAGUCGAGACGGAGAAGGUAUUUGAGGGUCAGCCUCCUCAAGAUGCAGAGAAGUUGUACAGGCGUGAUUUCCUGGAAGAUUAUUCCGAUACCGAAACAGCACAGUUCAGCUUCUUCACCACCAAGCUGGACUCGGUGAUUCAUGCAUCCAGCAUCAACUCUUUGGCCUUGAUCUAUGGCCCUCUCCACGCGCUACUUGACAGUGGAGAGCAUGAUGGCAUUUGGUGGCUUGACGUCACGGAUCCCUCAGAUGGAGACAUUGAGCUUCUCUCGCGACUGUUUGACAUCCAUCCGUUGACAACGGAGGAUAUCAAGAUCCGCGAGACCCGGGAAAAGAUCGAAAUCUUUGGCUCGUAUUAUUUCCUCUCACUGCGGCCGCCCCAGCAGGCGGAAGACGCGCCUGGCUCGUGGACGUCAGGAUGCAACGUCUAUGCCAUUGUAUUUCGAGAGGGGGUUCUCAGCUUCACCUUCGGCAGCAGUCCUCAUACCAGUCAUGUCCGCAGUCGGAUCAAGGACCAUCAAAGCCAUCUCUUUUUGACAAGUGACUGGAUAUCUUACGCUUUGAUCGACGAUAUCGUCGACGGCUUCGCUCCACUCAUCAACAGAGUAGAAGCCAGCGUGGAGACGAUGGAAGACAGUGUCUCCAUCACCCGGCCAGAUGACAUCGGACUUGCACUGAAGCAGAUCUACACAUCGCGCAGACAAGUCCUCCAGAUCCGGCAACUCCUCAACGACAAAACCGACGUCAUCCGGUGUUUUGCCCGACAUUGCGACGCGCUGGGUUCCACGAGCGAAGUGGUCUCCUAUCUCAGCGAUAUCCAGGACCACGUGUUGACCAUGGUCUCCAACCUGGCACACUCGGAGCAGAGGCUGUCCCGGUCGCAGGAUAAGUACCUGAGUCAGCUGUCGUUUGAUUCGACCCGGAUGCGCAAUCAGAUCGUGGCUACGCUCAGCCGGCUGACAGUGAUUGCGUCCUGUAUCGUGCCUAUGCAGAUCAUUACCGGUCUGUUCGGGAUGAAUGUCAUGGUACCAGGCAAGCAUAGCGAGGGGCUGGUCGACGACCAACUUGUCAGCACUACCGGAUUUAUCGGAAUUAGUGGUAAUCAGCCGUUAACAUGUUUCGUACAAGCCUGCUCUACUCCUGUACCUGAGGUCCCAUAUCAUCACACGAUUCCAUCAGUAACUCUCAUAUUCGCUUCGCGGCGCAAGUCAGACACAGCCUACAACAUGGACUUCAUCAGUACCCACCACCACGAUACCUACCCCUUCAUCGCCCAGUCCACCCACCACAACCACAAAGUGCUCAUCACCGGCGCCUCCCGCGGCAUCGGCCUCGCCACCGCGCACUCCUUCGCGCGGGCCGGCGCCCCAUCCAUCGCCAUCGCCUCCCGAGGGCCGCUCGAUGCCGUGGAGGCCGCCCUCCUAUCGACCGCCAAAGAAGCCGGCCACCCGCAACCAACAAUCCUCAAACUGACCCUCGACGUCUCGGACGAGGCCAGCGUUGCAGCGGCCGCGGAGGAAGUCGCUGCUGAAUUCGGACACCUCGAUAUCCUGAUUAACAAUGCGGGGACCUCGGAGGCGUGGGUUCCCAUCGCGGAAAGCGACCCGGCGGACUGGUGGAGAUGCUGGGAGGUGAAUGUCAAGGGUGUGUACCUGGUCAUGCGGGCGUUCAUCCCGCUGCUGCGGAAGGGGACGCAGAAGACGAUUGUGAAUGUGAGCUCGAUCGGGGCGUUGCGGGUGCGGCCGGGGGCGUCAGCGUAUCGGACGGGGAAGUUUGCUGUGCUGCGGUUGACGGAGUUCGUGAUGGCCGAGUAUGCGGGUGAGGGGAUGUUGGCGUAUGCGAUUCACCCUGGUGGGGUACCAACGGAGCUGGCGUUGGGGAUCAAGGCAGUGCAUGGGUUUUUGACGGAUACGGCGGAGCUUGCGGGGGAUGCGAUGAGUUGGUUGACGCAGGAGAGGCGGGAGUGGUUGGGUGGGAGAUAUGUGAGUGUUACGUGGGAUAUGGAGGAGUUGCUGCAGAAGAGGGAAGAGAUUGUCCGGGAGGAUAAAUUGAAGAUGCGGCUGGUUGUGUAG